AUGGCGAGUUCCACGAAUAUUCUCAUCUCUGGUGCCAAUCGAGGCCUUGGUAAAGAAUUCGUCAAACAAUAUCUCGCUCGACCGAACCACAUUGUCGUCGGCACUGUCCGCAACGUCAAGAGUGCUGACGCGCUUGAUCUCCUCAACCUGCCCACAGCAGAAGGCACCAAACUCGUGCUCGUCAAAAUCGAAUCAACCUCAACAACCGAUGCAUUCGAAGCCGUGAAAGAACUCCAAGCCCAAGGUAUCUGGAAACUCGACGUGGUGAUUGCCAAUGCCGGGACUGUAGGUCAACAAGGACCGAUGGAAUCCAUCAACCCUCAGAACGUGGCAGAAGUCUACAUGGUCAAUUCAGUGGGACCGACCUUUCUAUUCCUUGCUGUCAAGCCACUUCUCGAUAAAGCCGAGUCGCCGAAAUGGAUGGCCAUCAGCUCUGCGGUUGCGUCGAUUCAAGAUUUUCAGAAGUACUCUUUCUUCAAGAUGUAUCCGUACAAUGCGUCCAAGGCGGCGUUGAAUCACUUUACCAAGACGAUUCACGUUGAUUUUCCUGAUAUUGUCGCUUUCUCGGUUUCUCCUGGGUUUUUGGAAACCGACAUGGGACGAGGUGCAGUCAAAGCGUAUGGACUUGAAGAACCUCAAUUCGAGGACAUGACCUCAAGCGUACAAAGCCUCAUUGGAAUGGUGGACAAUGCAACGAAAGAAAAAUAUUCUGGACAGUUUAUCAAUUUCAACGGCGACGUCAUUCCUUGGUAG